GUUCCCGGGGGUCAGAUGCCAGCCCGUCCCACUUGUCCCCUGGAAGCUCUGCGAGCACGCCGGCCCCCGCAGAAGAAAUCUGGGUGCUCCGGAAGCCCUUUGCAGGAGGCGAUCGCAGCAGCGUGGGCAGCUCUGGAAGCAUCACCAGUGGACGGAGCUCGGGCAGCGGCCAGAGCACUGGAAGUGGAGGGCAUGGGGCCCUUCACCCUGGUUCAGAAGGCGUGAAGCUGCUGGCAACUGUCCUUUCCCAGAAGGCGUCUGUGCAAGAAUCUGCUGUGAGCGACAGGCCUGCCAAGGCGGUGGAGACACCCGCAGGUUCUUCCCGGACGCCAGGAUUGGGCAGCGCGCCGUACUCCAGCCAGCCAUAUGGGGACCAGCAGGUCAAGAAGGUGGAGCCGCAGUCCGAGGGGAAGAGCUCCGAGGCCGUCUACCAGUGGCUGUACAAGUUUCAGCUGCAGCUCUACGCCUCCAACUUCAUCAAUGCUGGCUAUGACAUUCCCACCAUCAGCCGGAUGACCCCCGAGGACUUGACAGCCAUUGGGGUCACCAAGCCGGGACACAGAAAGAAGAUCGCCUCUGAGAUCAACAUCCUGAACAUUCCUGAGUGGCUUCCAGAAUACAAGCCAGCAAACCUGGCCCUCUGGCUCUCCAUGAUUGGUCUGGCACAGUAUUACAAAGUCCUGGUGGAAAAUGGCUACGAGAACAUCGAUUUUAUCACCGAUAUCACUUGGGAGGAUCUGCAGGAGAUCGGCAUCAUCAAACUGGGCCACCAGAAGAAGCUGAUGCUAGCUGUGAAAAAGCUGGCAGAGAUCCAGAAAGCUGAAUACAUCAAGUAUGAAUCUGGGACGCUGAAGAAAAAGGGUGCACCACAGUCCCAGGACACGGUGGCCAUAGAGUCUCCUCCGCAGGAAACGGCCGAAUGCCAGUCCCCCAAGAUGUCCACUUUCCAGGAUAGCGAGCUGAGCAAUGAACUGCAGGUGGCCAUGACGGGCACCAGUGAAGAGGGGCCCGAGAAACAGGCCAACCAUGUGACGCACUUCCGGGACGGGGCUGUUUACCGGCACCCCUCCCGCCUCAUCCAUGAGAACAGCCUGAGUGGGAGAGCUAAGCUGAUUAGUAGCUCCCAGGAACUGCUGGGAGAUGGACCCAAAUCUCCUGGCCCUUCAGCAUCCAAAAGCCAGGAGCACCUAGCAGAAGAGGGGAAGGAGCCUCCGGCCACCCUGCCCAAGGAAGUGCGUAGCCUCCGACAUGGCCACAGCAUCAAGAGGGCAAGCGUCCCACCAGUGCCUGGAAAACCCCGGCAAUCCUUCCCUCCAGCUGCAGGCCACUACACCCCUCCGCAAACUCCCACCAAGCCCCGCCCAUCCUCUCCCCAGGCUUUCGGGGUGCCCCACGCCACGGCCAAAGUAAAACCCACGCCACAGUUGCUGCCGCAAACCGACCGACCCAUGUCUCCUCGUUCACUGCCUCAGUCUCCGACACACCGGGGUUUUGCCUAUGUCCUGCCGCAACCUGUAGAGGGAGAGGCUCAGGCUGCAGGCCCCUUGGCUCAAGCUGUGCCGGUCCUGCCGAUCUCCAUCCCGGUGCUGUGCCUGCCACCCCAGGAUGCAGAGAGUGAGGAGGCAGGUCGGCCCAAGAAGAGAGCCCACAGUCUGAAUCGCUAUGCAAUGUCUGACAGCGAGCAGGAGCGGGACGAGCUGAUGCUGCCAGAUGCCGGGCCCUACGCCACUGUUCAGCGGAGGGUCGGGCGCAGCCAUUCUGUCCGGGCACAGUCGGGCGCUGACAAGAAUGUGAACCGCAGCCAGUCCUUUGCUGUGCGGCCCAAGAAGAAGGGUCCUCCACCUCCACCGCCCAAGCGUUCCAGCUCUGCCAUCUCCAGCAACAACAUGACAGACGAUUUUAGCAAAGAGGGAGAGGAGGGAGAAGAGCUGGGUGACGGAGGCACCAUAGAGACAGGCAGUGCUGGGAGUGUAAAGAGCAUUGCUGCCAUGUUAGAAAUGUCAUCGAUCGGUGGAGGGGGGCGGGCUCUUGCCCUGCAAAAGGGGGGUGAUGGGUACUACUUGCAGCCUGGUGUGGUUAUAAGUUCAGCCAGUCCGGAACAUGCCCGUGUUGCAACUGUUCUGGCCACCGUCAAGCACAAAGAGGCCAUCGGACUAGAUGGAGAAGUGGUGAACCGCCGACGCACCAUCAGUGGCCCUGUGACUGGGCUUGUGGCAGCUGCUCGCCGUGAACGCUCAGACAGCAUCAAGUCUGGCACGGUCAAAGACGGUGGCCCCGUGGAACGGCUGCGGGCAGAGCACAGUGGGAGUGCCCCGCAGAACGGUGAAAAUAUCCCCUUUGCUGAGGAGGGCAGCCUGACUAUCAAGCAGCGUCCCCGACAGAUGAGCCUCACCAAGGCCGAAGGCGGGGAAGGCUUGGGCCAUCGGCACAGCGACCUUUCCAGAGUGGAGGCCAGCGCCACUCUCAAGCGGAGGAUCCGGGCAAAGCAGUGUCAACAGGACAAUGUGAAGUUCAUCCUCACGGAAUCAGACACUGUGAAGAGACGGCCAAAGUCGAAAGACAAGGAGCAGGAGCUGGCCCAGCUCUCAGUGUAUCACAACGGCAUGGGCACAGUCAAGCGCCGGCCGACCUCUGAGAUGAGCAGCCUGGAGGCUGUGGCCCCCACAGAGCAGCAAGAGAGAGUGGGAGGGGCCUCAGUUCAAAUCCCCCGUGAAGAAACCAAGAAGCCCAUCAAGCCUCCUGUCUCUCCCAAGCCCAUCUUGCCACCCAAAACCACGGGGCCUUCCACGCCAACCACCAAAAGGGCUCCGAUUCCUGGCCCUGGCAGCCCAGAGGUGAAACGUGUCCAUGGGACUGCACCACCCACAUCUCCAAAGCCUACACCACCCCCAACUGCUCCAAAGCCGAAGGUCCACCCCGCCCUCCAGUCAGUGAGUGCCAGCUGCACACCAGCACCUUCACCGGCUAAGCAGCUGACCCCCACCAUCAAGCCUUCAAGCACACCUCCUUCCCUCUGCUCCAGCCCAGCUAAGCCUUUGUCCCCCGGAGGGCAGCCUCCUCAGACAGUGCCAGUCAAGCCACCUCGCUCCUCCAUGGCUGGGCCCUCAGUGGAGAGCACCGAGAGCGUGCAUCAGAAGCUGGAGGAGACCAGCGCUUCUCUGGCUGCUGCUCUGCAAGCUGUGGAGGAGAAGAUCAAGCAAGAGGAUGGACAAGCAGCAGAUUCCACUGCAGAAUCCAAGAGUACCGUCAGCAUCCUGGACGACAUCGGCAGCAUGUUUGAUGAUCUUGCUGACCAGCUAGAUGCCAUGUUGGAAUGAGAGCUGGAGAACAGUCCAGGCCAACCUCAGGAUCUGCCAUGGGCACAAGGGCACAAUCACCUCCAUGAAGAUCUUCCCUCCUCCAUUUUUUGAGGUUUGCACAAAGAAGACAAGGUUACCUCAGGAUUGUGUUGAAACAAACUGAGAUGCUUGAGAAAGGGUUUCCUCGGAACCUGUUUUGCAAAGUGAAGAGAGGAACCACAUUUGGGUUUCUUCUCCCAUCCCUUCCAAACACCCGUUUGACCUUAGAGAUCACAGCAUGACUGCAGUUCUCCUCCUGCAGCGGAGUCGGAGGUCAGGGCAGCCUGGGAUGGGCAGAGCUUCCAUGGCAAUGGGAGAAAGUGAGCUUCACACUUUCUUCAGCACAGCUUUCCAGGCGAAGCUACUCCAUCCACUCCAAAGUGGCUUUCCCCCUCAUAUAUAAUACGUACGAGUUCCUUCCCCUUCUCUUCUCCAGAUCAGUCCUGAGUUGUUACUGUCCCAAUACACUAUCAAAGUAUGUGGCACAAAAUAAGUAUUAAGUCUUCUC